GGACACUGGACGACAUUCGGGCCGCGGCGGCCGCUGGGUGCAGCCGGGCGGUGUGGAGUGGAAAGAGCACUCGAAGGGCUCCCCUGAUACUAACAGUUCUACGAUUUAAAACUCCGCCGGAAUUUAGACAGGAUCUCACUAUAUUGCCCAGGCUGGUCUCGAAUGCCUGGCUUCAAGUGAUCCUCCCGCCUCCGUCUCCCAAAGUGCUGGGAUUACAGGCUUGAGCCACCACACCUGGCCUCACUCGAACAGUAAACGAGGUAUGUGAUGCAUUCCAGGUUCUCCAUCCAACUCAGCAUCAGCUACUUCACGGCAACUGGGUCCUGAUUAAUGUUCUCCCAAGGCAGACUUCACUGGAUCUUCGCUCAAGACGACUCUGCCAGGUUUUUCUGACCCCUCUACAUUGCUAUAAAGUGUCAAGGCCUUAAGACUUGGGUACGUGUAUUACAACGGCAAGAGUGCCAGCACCAACAAAAGACCCAUUGGACCUGUCAGCUCCUCUGUUUCACCAAGCAGACACAAUAACCUUCCCAACAAAGCAGAGUAAGCCAAGUGCCUCUGUGUGACACCACCAGCAGCUGAUAACGCAUAAGAAAAAUAUAACUAAUUUAAACUAGAGCCCUAUCUCUUCUUGAGAAGCUGGGAUUUGAAGGAGCUAUCCUGAGAUCUGUACUGCUAGUAAGUGACUGAUAACAUUAUAAACUGGAUCGGUCCCUGAGUUCAGAGACUGAGUUGCAAUUGAGUGAAAAAUAGACAACGAAAUCUUGAAGAAUUGCACUGAGGUGCAAACCAAGUUUAUUUGGCUCUCCAAGUAAUAUUGGUUGAACUAAGAAAUUGGUAAACCAAACCUGUAUUAGGACUGGUUGUUUGGGUGUCUCUCCUUGUCAUUGUUGCCUCUUGCUGUUACAUUGCUGUCUGUGUUGUCUUACUAGGUCCAGAUGUUUUCCGAUAAUUCGCAUUGCCCUGAUUGUGGACAACAGUGGUUCCCUAGUUUAGAACUAGGCCACUGGUUGUACCAAACUGAACUUGUUGAAAAUGAAUGUUACCAGGUAUUCUUAGACCGUAUUAACAGAGCUGAUUAUUGCCCUGAGUGUUAUCCUGAUAAUCCUGCUAAUAGAAGCCUUGUUCUUCCUUGGUCUUUCCCACUUGAGUGGGCUCCCCAAAAUCUCACCAGAUGGACCUUUGAGAAAGCUUGCCAUCCAUUUCUUCUGGGUCCUCCACUGGUUAGAAAAAGAAUACAUGACUCUCGAGUAGCUGGUUUUAACCCAGCAUUACAGUUAAUCUUGACCAGAACAGAUAAAACCUUAAACAAAAAGCUGGGCCAAAACAAAUAGCUUCUGUCAUAGUCAAAAUUGUCAAGUCUAGAGGCUUUUGUGUGGUUAGCCCAAAGAAGAUGGAAAAAUAAUUCCUUUCUAAAUCUGACCCAGAUUGUUACUACUUUGGGGGAACUGCUUAAAUUGUUGGAUCUGCUUCUGUGGCCUACACAUAUUUUGCUCACCCUGAAUUUAGUCAGUAUUCCGGCCAGAUUGUCCAUCUAGACUGAGGCUAAUCCAUAUUUCCUAUUAACAAUGAUUUGGAACUUACCACUUCUAAAAAACUUUCUGCAGCUUAAAUAGUGACAUAUGAAAGGUAGUCCUAGAGGGCAAGUCUCAUACUAUGUGCUCCAUAAUGGUAUUUCUAAUGAUAACUUUUGUGGGAAAGCAUCCUUGUUUUAGCUGGAUCCUAGAUUAGUCCAGUGAAUUUUAAUAAGAAGUUACACUGUUAUAGACUCCACUUCUUAUGCAUUAGUCAGUGAUGAUAUAUAUAGAUAGAUAUAUAGAUAGAUAAAAUUUAUCCAUAUAUAGCCAUCUCUUAAUCAUUGGCCCUCUUUGGCCCAUCCUCAGUGUGGCUAUGACAUUAUUGAUUACUGGUCACUGUCAGAUAAAUCACAUUCUAUUAGGAAAUACCUACGUAGGUUUUGCCGAAACAUGCAGAAAUGCCACCUGUCUAAUACUUACUUGGCUUUACAUAAACAAAAGACUGUUUUGUCUUUGUCGUGACUGAAUUUACAACGUCCUCCCCUGGAAAUGGAAAAGUACCUAUCUAGGAGAUGUAUGACAAAAGAAAUUAUCAAGCCUGACCUCAUAUAUAUUGUGAACAGUCUAGGGGAAGCAUCUUCUUAGAACUAAGAAGAUCCUGCUGAACAUUGGCCACAUUCUGAACUCUAUUGUUCAUGAAAAUCAUAGACCCAGAGUUGGGGUUAAGCCACUUAGAAAAAGCUGUUGAAAGCAUCUCAGAGUCCACUGAAUAAUUUUUAAAUUACAGUUAACAUGCCAGGUAUCAAGGUAUCUACUGCUUUUAUAUCACCUCAAUAAUAUUAUCAAGGUCCCAGCUUCUUUCUGUCCUUCCCGCUUGGGAUCUUUUUCUUUUUUUUUGCUUUUGCUUUUUUAAAAGUAGUGACAAAGUCUUGCUGUAUGGCCUAGGCUGGCUGGUCUCCAACUCCUAGGCUCAAGCCAUCCUCCCACCUUGGCCUCCCAAGGUGCUGGGAUUACAGGUGUGAGCCACCUCACCCAGCCUAGGACCCAUGUUUGCUCUUUGUCCCUAUGGUUUUUUUCUCAAUACAUAUGGUAUGACUUCUUGUUGUACCAGACUUUGUAAUCCCUAGAAAAGGCUGGAAGUGGAGAGCAAACGACUUUCUUUCAAGUCUGUCUUUUAUUUGGGAAUCAAAUCUUUUCCAAAAAUCCCUAGCAGAUUUUUUUCUACAUCUCAUUAGAAAGUACCAGUUUAUAAGGGAGCCUGGGAAAGUUUGGCAAAGGGGAAUAGGGUCAGCAUUGCCUGGGUAGGGCACAUUGCCUCCAUUAAUGAAAUCAGGGCUCUUUUUAUUUUUUUGAGACAGAGUCUUGCUCUUUUGCCCAGGAUGGAGUGCAGCAGCGCAAUCUCUGCUUAUUGCAACCUCCGCCUCCCAGGUUCAAGCGAUUCUUCUGCCUCAGCCUCCCAAGUAGCUGGGAUUACAGGUACCCGCCACUGCACCUGGCUGGUUUUUGUGUUUUUAGUAGAGAUGGGGCUUCAUCAUGUUGGCCGGGCUGGUCUCGAACUCCUGACCUCAUGUGAUCCACCUGCUGCAGCCUCCCACAGUGCUGGGAUUACAGGCAUGAGUCACUGUGCUUGGCCAGGUCUCUUUUAGCAAGGAAAAAGUGAGGAAUGAAUGGUUUUUGGUGUGCAGCAAAUCAUACUUGCCACAUGUUGUGAAACCUAAACGUAUUUGUUAGUCUGUAUGAAGAAUGUACCCCAGAGAUCCACCCUGUAUCUGCCUUAUGUCUCUUACAAUGGAGGUUCUCUCCUGUUAUAUUGCUGAAUAAACUAUGUGAACUGCUAAAUUGA